GCAGAUGGGAACGAAUAUCAGCUGAGUGCAAAAUGUAAACAGAGGGGUGUUCGAUCCUGGAGAAAACCCUUGGCAUAAGUGAUAUGUACUACGAUUCUCAACCAAACAGAAGACCACGAGAAAACAGUGACAGCGAAGAAAACCCACAUCCCAAACAUCCACGGAAAAACAAAACCGGCAGGAACUUCAUGGAACAAAACCCGAUCACAACCGAUGACACACAAAUGCACAGAUGAUGCAAGUUGAGAGGCUCAGGCAGGCAAGAUGAAGUCUCUGUCUUUUAACUGGACACAGAUUGCCUCACUUAGUACAUCAUCAGUCACCUGUAAAGUCAUACCAAAGAAUCUAAAAGGGCGGAACAAGAGCUCCCAAGAUUGGCUCCAGAGGCAGCUCAAUGACCCCUAUGUAAAGCUGGCAAAAUAUGAACAUUAUAGAGCUCGAAGUGCCUAUAAGCUGCUGGAAAUAGAUAACCAGUGUAAAAUCCUAAAACCAGGACAAGUUGUUGUUGAAUGUGGAGCUGCUCCAGGUGCAUGGACACAGGUUGCUGUCAGCAGAGUCAACAGUCUGCCAAACGAUAAAGACAAACCUCAGGGCAUUGUGAUAGGGGUUGACCUCACCUCCAUUCAUCCCCUACCUGGCGCUACUUUCCUCGGAGGGAAGGACUUCACAUGUCCCAAGACACAGCAACAAAUUUUAGACUUCCUUCAGGGAAGAAAAGUGAAUGUUGUUUUAUCUGAUAUGGCUCCCAAUGCAUCAGGCACAAAAGCACUUGAUCAUGAAAAUAUUAUCAACCUUUCCUAUUCUGCCUUGAGAUUCGCUGUCCAGCAUUCUGCCAUUGGAGGAUCUUAUUUGUGCAAGAUUUGGGAAGGCUUUAUGUCGCAAAAGAUAUCAGAGGACAUGAGGAAGUUUUACAAGAAUGUGAAGACUAUCAAGCCACCUUCAAGUAGGAGUGACUCAGCUGAGAAGUUUUUACUUUGUAGAAACUUCCUUGGCAUUAAGUGAAUAAGAGAAUUAUUCAUGUCAUGCCUGUUAUUGAAUGCGAUUUUGUAAAUAAAUAAAUGAUUUUUCAUUAAUUUUAGGCUUUAUGUUUCCAGCUUUUGUAACUGAGGAUGGUGUUCACAUAUAUGUCUUAGUGAGUCAUUGUGCUCAACAAAGUUUCAUAUAUGUGGCCAAGAAAAACAGUGGGAUUGAUAGCAAAUGGAAUAAAAGAAAUAUGUAU